AGAAUUCAUUCACACUGUGGCUCACGAUCUGUGCCGAUGUUCUGUCAUUACUGUUGGAAAAAGGAGGAGGUGGAUUAACCUGUCUGUGUUCAUCUCCGAUAUUUGCGAAAGAACCCUUUCCAGCUUGAUUAUUGUUACUGGUACAAACGUUCAAGUGUCUAGAGCGGGCGCGCGUGAACUUGUAACCGCGCUGUCACGGAAGGUUAUGAGAGGGUUUCCUCAUGCAGAGUGUCCGGGGAUCAUGUCUCUGUCUGCGGACUGCUCGGCACACGCACGUUCGCCCUCCGACGGCGCGCGAGGAAGCCCGAUAUCGACCGUCGCGCGAUGUCUCCAACCGGACACUGCGCACGCGCCGCCAAAGGACAAACCCGUACUUGCUGCUCCGAUGUUCGUCUUUCAGAGGAUGACAUCUACAGUGAAGAGGACAGCAGAAGAAGACGGGAAUGGAGCCUGUGUGAACAAACGCAUCCGAUUGCUCACCUAUCCUUCUUUGAUCAGUCGGAACAGAAAGGAACCCUGUGGCUUUAGCAAGCGUGUGCGUUCAAGUUCUGUUUCCUUCUCACCACCUUUACAGGUCCCAAGAUCAAAUGUGUUUGUGCCGUCCACCUUGCACAACCCGAACCAAGUCUCUUCCUCUGCACCAUCUCUACGGAGCAAGGUGAAGAACACACUGUUAAGGCCGGCUUCCCUGGUGGCACCUGAGCCAUGGAGCAGCCACAAUGUGCCUUGUAUUAAACAGGUCGGCCUUAAUGCAGAUGGAAACCUCUCCAGGGUUACGAUUGAGCUCCCAUCCUCAGCCAGUGCCCUGGAAGAGCGGAUGUCACCACAAAUGAGCAGAAAUCUCUCACAGACUAAUACCUCUGUCUCUGAAAGCGCCAGGUUUGUGUUUGGGGAGAAUAUGAGUGAGAGGGUGCUGAGUCCACCUUGUAGUGAGGACAAGUCUGAAACGGACUGCAGCUCAAGUGACUCCGAUUCCUCCUGCACAGAAGACACAGACACAGUGACUGUGCAAAACACACUGUGGGAAUCUGCUGCUGCCCACACGGCUGCCUGCAGGAGACGUUGUCUGCUCAAACAAGUGCAGAUCUUCACCGGAGAGGAGAAUGAGAGCAACGUCGUCCAGCUGACGUGCAAACUGUUCGUUUUGGAGAAGGGAACCCAGUCGUGGAGUGAGAGAGGGCGAGGGGUCUUACGACUAAAUGACUUGCAGACUAAAUAUAAAGGAUGUUUGCAGUCAAGGAUGGUGAUGAGGCACCAGGGCAGUCUGAAACUGAUCCUGAACACUAAGUUGUACCCGCACACACACCUGCGGCGCCCGGCACGGAGGAACCUACAGGUGACAGCCACUGACCUGGAGACCCACAGUGUACGUGUGUUCCUGGUCCAGGCCAGUGCCCGAGACAUUGCCCGCCUCUAUGUGGCUAUUCAUCACAGACUGGUGGCCCUUCGCUGCAGUACUGCCAUGUUCAGGGACCGAGAUGGACACUGCAGCAGCGAGGAGGACAACGACGAGGAGGAGAAGACUAAUGAGGAGGCGGUCUUAAUCACACACACCAGAUCUGGGGAUUGUAAUUGGAGGAACAGUCAUUCCAGACUCCAUCCGUGAACGUCCCACUCAACCUUGUGCCUGACAAAGAUUUCCAUCAUGCUUCUAAUCUCAGCCAUUUUGUGAAUAUCCACGUCUUCUGAAUUUCAACAGUAUGGAGGCUUUUAUUUUGUGUAGCUGCCUGCGAAAUUUCUGAACAGUAUUAAACUCUGCUUUUUCACCAAGAACAUUUUUUAUCAGGUUGGAGACACUGAUUCAUGCAUCAUUGCUGCAAUAUACAUUUUUUUAACUUAUUAUUUCUACUAGAGCAGUAGAGUCCAUCUGUGGUCCUUUUUUAGGCAUAGGCCUACACCAUUGUGGUGCUCCAGUACACUUGAAUCAACCUGUGAUCAACUCAAUUUAGGAUCAGGUUUCAAAAAAAAUCAUACAGGACCCAAUUUGAGCUCUUUUAUGAGGGAUUGAGAUUAAAUGAGGGUUUAUAAUGAGCUGAUUGUAAAUGUUCUUAGUUGUAACUUUACAUUCACACUAUACAUUCACAAUCCCAGAGACUCUUCCAGAUAACUGUGAAACUGUGACGUCUGCCGGAUCUGGGUUAUGAUAUUUCUAUGCAAACUUUAAAACUCAAAUUCAGAGAGAAUGUAAAAUGGGCCAAUCUUGGGACUACUGUCUUCUUUUAUUUAUUCUCUGAUAUCUUCCAUAGCACUUUGUCAGAAAGGGGUUAAAUUGAGCUACAAUUUCUGGUAGUGAACUCAGGCCUACUACAGGCCCUUUCAGUCUCUGUCUGUGCCAAUUAUUUAUAAUGUGACUGGCAGAUCUCUUUGCUCUAUUAACAAGGGGUUUCCAUUUCCGUUCUACCUCAUGAACAGUAGUGUAUACCUGAUCUCAUCUUCUGCACUGUUUUGGUCCUAAGAAGAGCUGAUUGUGUUAGGAAAAGCUUAUUACCUGAAACCAUUGUUUGUUUUAUUCUCUACUCCAGCUCUGAAGGUUUAAAGAAUGAAUUCAGAUAGUGUCUACAGCCACAUUUCUGUCUGUGAAUUGCAGUUUUAUCGGGGAAAAAAACUGCAAAAAAACUUAUUUGCCACCUAUUAUACUUUAAGAGCUAAAAUAUUUAGAAGAGGAUUUCACUGAAGAGUUGUGUAUAUUUUUAUAUGUAUUUAAUGGAUUAAAUACCUAAUUUUAAGUACAUCUAAGGCCGUGUCUCUUUUUAUGAAAUCACAUUUAGGAUUGUUUCUAAUGGGUCACAUAGAAUUUAUAGCAUUUAUUUCCCACACCACCACAUCCUGAAAUCGUUUAUUUCUCUUGUACCACAGUGAUUUUCCAGCAGGCACAAUAUUUUUUUAUUAAAGAACAAUAAUUUCUUGUCAGAAAACUUACCAUUAUGCAGCACAAACAC